AGAUUGGAGAGUCCUGCAAAUUGUUUCACUGGAACUCAUUGCUUAGAGUUUUGGUAUCACAUGUAUGGAGCAGCAAAAUACAUGAUGCUGAGGGUGUCAGUACUAAGAGAUUAUGGUUUGGAAGAUGUCUUCACUAUAGAAGGAGAUCAUGGGGACAUGUGGUAUUUAGAGAAGAUUUUCCUGCCUGAAAGUGAUAUUAUCCAGAUUUUCAUUGAUGGUGUCAGAGGUGAAGAUUUCCGCAGUGAUGUUGCUAUAGAUGAUAUUUCUUUUUACCCAGGAUAUUGUACUGCAGCAACAACUACCACCACCACCACUGUAACUACAAAACCGACAGGUUCUACUGUGUCAUCAACUAAAACCACAUCAUCACCAGAUGUAUGCCAUAUAGAUUGUUCUUUUGAUGUGAACUUGUGUAACUGGAAACAAUCAACGAGUGAUAACAUGGACUGGAUACACUGGAAUGGCUCAACCCCUUCCGAUUUUACUGGACCAUCAUUUGACCACACAACAGGAUGUAAGUCAUUUAUUUACUUACUUUCUCUGUUUGUAAUAGUUUAUAUAACUCCCAAAACAAUGGUUCAUAACAGAAAAGGUACUUCAGCAUUAAUAUUUUAAUUUAAACAGAUGGCUACUAUUUAUACAUUAAUGGACAGGAUUCAGAAGAGGGAGACUUUGCAAGAUUGGAGAGUCCUGCAAAUUGUUUCACUGGAACUCAUUGCUUACAGUUUUGGUAUCACAUGUAUGGAGCAGCAAAAUACAUGAUGCUGAGGGUGUCAGUACUAAGAGAUUAUGGUUUGGAAGAUGUCUUCACUAUAGAAGGAGAUCAUGGGGACAUGUGGUAUUUAGAGAAGAUUUUCCUGCCUGAAAGUGAUAUUAUCCAGAUUUUCAUUGAUGGUGUCAGAGGUGAAGAUUUCCGCAGUGAUGUUGCUAUAGAUGAUAUUUCUUUUUACCCAGGAUAUUGUACUGCAACAACUACCACCACCACCACUGUAACUACAAAACCGACAGGUUCUACUGUGUCAUCAACUAAAACCACAUCAUCACCAGGUAAAUAUAUUGCUCAUUUUAAAGAGUUGAGUAUUAUUUAUAAUAAAUCUAUUUAUUUUGUUAUUAUACAUUGUAAGACCUUGAUAAUAAAUUGGAAGUCAUGCAUACUUACAUGACAGUUUGACAUAAAUAAAAGUCAUGCAAAUCUGACUUACACUUAAAAUGUAUAAUUUUA